CUCCUUUUAAUGUCUCCUCCUCUCCAAGAUGCUUAAAUCCCUGAAUCCCACCGACUCACCAGCAAACUCCCACCCCUGCUGUUUAAGAGCUCAUCAAUAAACCCUCAGCUCAGUCGACGCGCGAGGAGAGGCUCAGUGGCGCUCCGCGUUUCAUCACAUCAUCAUCCAGAGCAACUGUGCCUUCAACACACUGCUGAGCAGCAACGAGCGAAACCUUAUUAUUUCAGCAUAAGCUGAUCUUAUUUCUCCCUACUUACAUUUUUAUUUAUUUUUUAAUUAAUCAAUUAAGUCACUUGCUGUUUGCGCUUUCAUUAGACCCUGUUGACGGAUGAAUGCGAGAAACUGCUAAUAUAAAACAGUUGUGGUUAGGUCCGAGAUGGAUGUACAAACGCUAAAUGUUACAUUUGGGAUUUGGGCAUGCCUUCAGCUUCAGAACAGCUCGGUUCUGAACGGGACCUUAAACGGGAGUCUGGAGAUCCCCAACGGCACCUGCGGAGACGCGCUUCUGCUGCCCAAGACGGAACCGGCGCGACCUAAAGAAAUGGAUUUGCUCCGCAUACUGCUGUACUCUCUCAUAUUCCUGCUGAGUGUGUUUGGUAACCUGCUCAUCAUUGUGGUUUUGGUGGUGAACAAGCGAAUGCGGACGGUGACCAACUCAUUCCUGCUCUCCCUGGCCAUUAGUGAUCUCAUGAUGGCUAUUUUCUGUAUGCCCUUCACUCUUAUUCCCAACCUGUUGGAAGAUUUCAUCUUUGGAGCUGCCAUGUGCAAGAUUGUGGCCUAUCUUAUGGGAAUCUCUGUCUGCAUAUCUACCUUCAGUCUGGUGGCAAUAGCCAUUGAGAGGUACAGUGCCAUUUGCGACCCACUAAAGUCCCGGGCAUGGCAGACCCGAUCCCAUGCCUACAAAGUCAUCGCUUCCACCUGGGUCCUAUCCUUCCUCAUUAUGACACCUUAUCCCAUCUUCAGCACACUAGUUAAGUUCACCAAGCCCAACAAUAUUACAGCUCACAUGUGCCGUCAUGACUGGCCGAAGAGCGAGGUGGAGCAAGCGUGGUGCAUCCUGUUGCUAAUUGUUCUGUUCUUCAUUCCUGGAGUGGUGAUGAUCAUCGCUUAUGGGCUUAUUUCUCGAGAACUCUACCGUGGAAUACAGUUUGAAUUGGAGGAGAAGAUGGGACAGAGUGGAAUGAAAAAUGGUAUCAGUGCCACUGCCUUAUAUAGCAGUGAUGAUGGAGAUGGCUGCUACAUCCAGGUAUCCAAGAGGCCCAGCUCAAUAGAGAUGUCAGCACUCACCCCAACAGGCUCCGCAAAGCUGGACCGACCUCGUAGCAACACGUCCGAGGCUAAACUAAUGGCCAAGAAGCGAGUGAUCCGUAUGCUCAUUGUCAUUGUGGCUAUGUUCUUCAUCUGCUGGAUGCCCCUGUACUCUGUCAACACCUGGAAAGCAUUCGACCUUCCCUCGGCCCACAGGGCUCUUUCUGGAGCCCCCAUCUCAUUCAUUCACCUGCUGUCCUACACAUCUGCCUGUGUCAACCCAAUCAUCUACUGCUUUAUGAACAAGCGCUUUCGAAAGGCACUUCUCGCCACCUUCUCCUGCUGCUGCUGGCCCUGCCAGAGAAAAGGGUUCAGGGAAGGUGAUGAUGAGGUUAAUGCCACUGGAGCGUCCAUGUCUAAGUUCAGCUACACCACUGUCAGCACAAUGGGACCAUGCUGAUUCUCAGAGGACCCAGGCUGGGCAAGAUGGAGAAUAUUUGGGGUUGAUGUUGACAUAUUGUGAGGGUUCACUUUAUUAGAAAACUUCAUUACAAAAAAUCACCUACACUCUAAAAAAUGCUUGGUUGUUUCAACCCAACUUUGGGUCCAAUAUGGACUAAACCAACCAUUGGGUUAUAUUUUUACAUAAAAUUUGUUAACCUAAAAGUUAGGUUAGUCAAUAUUUGACCCAAAGUUGGGUUGAGACAGCAAAGCAAAGUUGGCGUCCAAUAACUUGGUAGGAAAGGUCACACCAACCUCACCCUCUCCUGUCAAAGGACUGUUACUAGCACCCAUUAAAAAUGAAAAAAAAAGAGAGACCAAAUGACUGCUUGUGACACUCCUUUCUGACUGAAUUGGGAAAUCGUUUUGGUGCAGAGAACCCCACAAUUGUAAUUUUUACCAUGAAUAACAAUCUGUGUUAUUCAUGGGAAAGCUUGUGGCACAGAGUUUGCUUUGAAAAAUUUUGUAUCAGAUGCGAGCAGGACAAUGACACUUCAGGAUGGGAAGAAGCUCACUGGUCGCCUUUAUCAACUGAGUGAUAAUGUUGACCUUGCUAGAUGUUGUCAAAGACAAUCAACUCAGCAAGAAGCAGAGUUUCUGGAGCUGUUAGUGUUCAUCGAGAAACGGCUGCAUUAACUGACUUGCUCAAACGACUAUAUAAAUGACUGAAAAUGGCUAGUAGAAUGCCAGUCUUACACUUGUAUGUUGCUAUCCUUACUUUGCAGUUUUAAGUGCCUGCAUAGUGUUUUUAAAAUCUUUUCUGAGGUCAGUGUUCAUCAGGAGAGAUUUAAUUCGUAAGAUCAGAACUCUAAAACACUUUCCAAAGUCUGAGCCAACAGUUUUAUACUGAAAGUCACAAUAUUCUACAGUAUUACAGUGAGGUUAAUGAUGAUGAUCUGUUGCUAGACAGGACCUUGACUUUUGUAGUUGCCUUCAUCUUCAUAUUUUGGGCUAAAGAGGUUUUGUUUUUGAAGUUGUCCUUCAUGGCCUUCACAGUCUGUGGCUGUAGGUGACUUCAACUGAACGAGGAGCUUAAACCCCUUAAUUGGUACGAACUCAUUCCAAUAUGUCAUAAUCUCACAGAUUGAUUUAUGACUGCUUUCAAAUGUUCUCAUAAAUUUAAAGCUAUAAAUGAAUUAAGGUCCUCCCAAACAGUCCUCAUCAAACAAACAGCAAAGAACACUUAAACCUGACUUUUGAAUGUUUUGUCCUUUUUUUGGAAAAUAAAAUGUUAGAGAGACAGGCUUGAUUAAAUGUCAGAUAUUUUUGAGUGCCACUGGACCCAUGGGAAAUCAGACAUGAUUCAGUGACUACUGAAUAUUUCAAGUCACUAAAAUUGAAAAUUAAAUGACUGACUUUUAAUAAAAUUAAAUGACAAAUUUAAAUGACAAUUUUUUUUUUAAGUGCUGCCAAAGUGACAACUGCAGUGAUUAGUUCAUUGCACCUUUUCAGCCACUUUGUACUAAAUUGCACUUUGUUACUAAUGAAAAAAACAAGCUGAAAAUCCCAAAACUCAUAAAAUUAUGUUGUGACACUUUGAAUGUAUGUAUACAAAGAUUAUUUUUGUCAUAACUAUGGACAAAUUUUUACAGUGUAUUUCCUUUAGAUUAAAUUUUUCUAACCAUUAACGUAAAAGAAAGAAAGAAAGAGAAAAAAACUCCAAAAAUUAUCAUGAACUCAUUACUCACCAAGUAACUAAUUUAAGAUUCAAAUUCAAACAUUACAAGUCCUCAAAUGGUCACAAAUUAUUAUACCAUGGGGUAUUGUUUUUAAACAUAUGAAACAAAAAUAAGAAUAACUAAACAUGAUUCAUGUCAAGAUGUUUUUCAGUUCCUUUGUAAAGAAAACUAAAUACAAAAAAAAAUUAAAAAUAAAUUAUUGAUUUGAACAGCAUACAUUUCAAUUACCAGGCUUGUUUUAUGAUCCUUGAUGACUAUGAAGACUUGUUUUCACCAAAAUUCAUAAUUCAGGUUUGGUGUUGAUGAAGGGAUGCAUGAGCUUUACAGUUGGGGCUUUGGGAAACAUAAGGCAAACAUGGAUGUGAAACACUUUUAAAACAUGGUAUUGUGUAAUUUUUGUCUUUGUACUUUACAUUGCUCAUGCUCAGUUCAGCCAUCAUGUGAAAAAUGAGUCCUUACAUCAGUUGGUGCAUUUGAGCAUAAAUUCCACCAAAGAGCAAAACUUAAAAAAAAAGAAAAAAACUUUCAGUUCAGCAUGUUGUGACAACCGCCAUAAAUAAUCCCCAAAAUAUUUGUAUUACUUUCCUUCCUAUUUAAUUUCCCACCUACUCCUCUUAUCUCCAAUAGUCUGUCCCUUUCGUUCCUGAAUUCAGUUUUUCCACUGGCUAAACAUGGCUUUCUAAUCAAUGUGCAUCUGUCCCUGAACUUACUUUUCAGUGAAGAGUGUCAACAUUGCAUCUUGUUAUCCUCCAGCCCUGAUGAGCAUCCAUCACAGAGCAGCCCUUAAAACCUGCCAGUUUCCCCAUUACAUUUAUGCUGCUUGGCCAUCCAAACUUUCCCUGAUGUACUAGUCAGUGUGUACCAGAUGUUUCCCCAAUGUAAUAGUAAUAAUGCAUUGUUCCCCAGUGCCGCUCAUGACUUGGGUAAUUGGUCGGUAUUAAGGAUCACACACAAAUAUUAGUGCUUGCAAUGCGUGCUUAAAAGGAUCAGAAUACUUUUAUGUAAGCCAAUCUUUAAAUUGCAUUACAUCACUCAGUCUUAAAAAGGUUUGUUUGGCAGAUGUUUUUGCUUUAUUCUAAAGAGAAGAGAAAUGAGGUCAGCAGACGCAUUUAGUUCUGACCUUUCCAAUCCCAUCAUGACUUCUUUUUUAUGAGACUAAUAUAUAGCCAGUGGUACAGAUCCUCCUUUGAAGAUGUUUGCGAAACAGACGUCUGACUAACUCAGGUUUGGAUCCAGAUUGAGAAACCAUGUGUUUCUUGUGUAAAACAACUGGCACACAACUUGUUUUCCUAUGAAGCAUCUACGUCCAGUCCAAAAGUGAGAGAAAAACCUAUAAUUAGCACAUAGCGAAUUUGUGGUUGAAUGCUUAGUGAACUGUGAAUGCAACAGUAAAAUGGACCAUAGCCCUCUGUAGGCUGCACAGAUUUCGAUUGCAAAUGAUGUGUAUAUGACCCUGUUGCAUAUUCAGAUUUUAAUAGCCUAUGGCAGUGCACCAUGGGGCUUUUCUAGUGCAAAAACAAAACAAAACAAAAACAUACAAACAUAAAACAAACCGCUACUUUCAUUCCGGAUAUGCUCUCAUGAGGGGAACAUCUGACAUAAUGGUUUUGGAUUUGUGGAACAUGGAAUCAGUUAACUUCUAAACACUUAAAUAAAUACGACUCAACAGACAGAAACAACAUCUGCUAGGUGAAUCUGGUAAAACAAUAAGUGUUUAAAAAUCGCCUAUGAAUGUGGAAAAUUCAAUUCAUAAAUGAGCUGUUUCUCAAUAAUUAGUCGGACAUAGCACCUGCCUCUGUCUGGAGGCAUUUCACUGUUGUAAAAUCUCUGAGUUUGGGUGCUGUGGCUGAAAAUGUAAGGGCUGUAAAACACUGAUUUCCCUGAGGUGUGUUUGAGAAGUCUGCAAGAGGGCCGAACACAUUGUGUUGUUGUGGCCCACAGCUUUAUCAGCCUCAUCAGUCAAGAUGACAAAAAACACUAAGACAGCCAACUUCAUACAGACAGAAGACAGUGUUUUUUGGCGUGUUUGUCUAAAAUCUUUAGUCAGAGGAGCUUUUGUAGUCAGAAAAUACACAUGGCAUCUGAUUUUUACAAACCCUAUCCAAACCACUUCCAUGUGUGGUUUUAAAAUUAAUUUUUUUUUGGAAUGAACUUCAGCCUGACUGGAUUUCAAGUCAUUUUUUCUGCAUUCUAAAAAUGCUGGGUCAAAAACAACCCAAUUUGGCUCAUUUUUGCAACUCAGCACUGGGUCAAAAAAGGGAAAAACCUAGCACCAGUUUGUUCUGACCCAGCUUAGUUGGGUUAAAUGUUUGACCCAACAUGUCAGGCUUUAUUCAACUCAUUUAUUGUUGAAAAAUUACUAUACUGCUGGUUUUAGAUUAACCCAAUAUGGACUGGAAAUUAAACUCAGACACAUAAUGACAAGAGUAAAAAAAUACCAGCAACAGAAAUAAUAAAAAAAGGUAAAGAUUUAUUAAGCAAAAACACCCAGAAAUUUACAAAAUAUAUAAUAAACAUAAUAAACAUAAAUCCGUAAAUGUGUUUGAGGAAAAAGUGCAGAAAACAAUUGCUACCCAACAA